AUGGACAAAGAAACCCUCCUCAAGGCGUUGUCGGGCACCCUUGAUGCCAGCUUGCAAGGCAGAAAACAAAGUGAGCAGCAGUUGCGUUAUUUUGAAGAGCAGCCCGGUUUCACCGCGUAUCUUCUUGACCUCAUCACUGACUCCAGCAUCAACCUAGGAGUACAGGCCUCCGCUGCCAUUUUCUUCAAGAAUAGAGUUUCUAAUUACUGGGUUGUCCCCGAUAUCAAAACUGCAAGCGCAAGAUACAUUCAGCAAAAUGAAAAGCCGAUGAUCAAGCAAAAAUUGAUAGAGGUUUUGAGCCAAACUUACAAAAGCCCGGUCUUAAGAGUCCAGCUUUCAACUUCGGUCAGUAAUAUCCUCAAUGCUGAGAAGUGGGAUGAUCUCACUGAAAUAAUUCCAAAGCUCAUUUCAGAUACCUCCAACAUCGACCAUGUCUUCACAGGUUUGAUUUGUCUUUUCGAGUACACCAAAACGUACCGUUAUUCACACGAGGGUAAUAGGAAUAUUGUCCUCGAAGAGGUUGCGGAAAAGAUGUUCCCAUUGUUGGAAACCUUGACUGAAAGUCUUUUAGAAAACGAUUCUGAUAUCUCAGAUGAGUUGUUCUACUUGAUUUUCAAGAUCUUCAAAUAUUCCACCUACUCCUCAUUGCCCGCAUAUCUCACGGACCCUUCGAAACUUGGGACCUGGUGCAAAUUCCAUAUCUUGCUCAUCAACAAGCCUUUGCCUUCUUCUGUGUUACAAGAAGAGCCAUCAGAAAGAGCCACUGUCCCUCGUAUUAAGGCUGUGAAAUGGUGCUUUGGAAACUUGCACAGACUCUUGUUCCGUCACGGUGGUGGAGUCAGUACUCCUAAGAAGGAUUCAGAAUUUGCAAGAACUUUCUUGUCCACAUUUGUUCCCGAAAUUCUAAAUGUGUACUGGCAGAUCAUCGAAAAGUGGUCUUCCAAGGAAGUGUGGUUGUCUGAAGCCUCUUUGUACCACUUGAUUGGCUUUUUGGAGCUGGUUAUUGAAACUCCUGCCUUCCCAUUGAUCGAAGAGAAGUUGGAUGCCAUCGUCAGACACGUUCUCUUGCCAACACUCAAUGCCAAUCAGGAAACCAUCGAGCUUUAUGAAGACAACCCUGAAGAAUACAUCAGAAGAUUUUUCGACGUCAGCAGGGACAAUCCAACCGCCGAUACUGCCUCCAUAAACUUCGUUUUCCGUUUGUCCUCCACCAAAUUUUCCAAAACUGGUAAUACCGUGCUUGCAAUCCUCAACGACGUAUUCCAGAAAAGAGCCUCCGACAGAGAGAAUUUGGAAUAUGCUUGUCAAGCAGAAGGAGCUCUUCGUGUGCUUGCCACCAUCUCCAUUAGGCUCAAUAAGGAUCUGAGCCCUGUCAAGGGUCAAAUUGAUCAGCUCUUACACUCCUACGUUUACCCAGAGCUUUCAGAGGCUGUCAUUGCUAAGUACCCCUGGCUUACCGCCAGAGCCUGUGACACAAUUGCCAUGUUCAUGCACAAGUACAACGACCAAAAGAUUUUGCAAGAUAUCUUCCAGGCUAUUGUCCACUGUUUCCAACAACAGGAACACUUCCCUAUUCAGUUGACUGCCAUAGAUGGUUUGCGUGCUUUGGUGGACGAGGACUUGGUGGCUGGUCAGGUUGCUGACCAGGCUCCCCAAUUAAUGGGUGUCUUGCUUGACAUGUCGAAGAACUUCGAGAGUGAUACCUUGAAUACUGUCAUGGAUGUGUUUGUCGAGAAGUUUGCUGCCAACUUGGAGCCAUACGCUAAUGAGCUUUCUAUGCGUUUGGCCGAGCAGUUCAUCAAGUUAGCCAAUGAGAUCUUGGAGCAGUCUUCUCAGAAUGGCGGCAUUGACGUUGACAAGGAGUACGCGGCUGCAGGUGUUUUGAACACUUUGACAUCGCUUGUUAUCUCCAUGAAUGCAUCGCCUCAAGUGGCCAGCAACCUCGAGGUUAUUCUCAAAGAUAUGAUCAAGUUCAUCUUGGAGAACUCAAUGGCUCUGUUCUUGACAGAAGUUGUCGAAAUUUUGGAGUCCAUCAUGUUCAGUACAAACCGUAUGUCCCCUACGAUGUGGGAGCUUUACGAGUGUGUGAUAUCAUGCUUUGAUACUUACGCCGAGGAUUUCUUUGACAGCUUCCAGCCAUUUUUGGAGGCUGUGGUGUUGCAUGCUUUCAGCGAUGAGGAGAUCACCGUUGACAACAGUAAUGUGCAAGCAAUGUUCAAGAUCUGCUUCAAGAUGUUGCAAGGGGACAUGGUGGACCCAGUGUUCGCCCACCAUGCAUUCGAGUUGAUCGAAUUCUCAAUCUUGACUUUGAACAAGAGAUUCGUUCCAUUUUUGCCCGACUUCUUAGCCGAAAUCUUCAAGAUCUAUCAAAGCUUGGACGCCCAAGAAGCAUUUGAUGGCUACAUGUUGCACUACUUGUCAGUGUUGAAGAUCUUCUUCGCUUGCUUCUGCGUCGAGGCCACUGGAACGUUACUGAUAAUGAAGCAGCACGACGUUACCAAAUUCUUCUUCACAAUGUGGGUCAAAUACAGUGAUGAGUUCAGAUCUGUUUAUGGUUGCAAGUUACAGAUCCUCGCAGCCCUUUCCAUUCUCCUGGAAGCUCCAUUAGACCACCUUCCAGCACAAGAUUUGGUCGGCGAGACCGUCGAUUUGCUCAUCUCCAACUUGGAGUCUCUUCCACACGCCAUCAAGGCCAGACAGGAUAUCGUUGACAGAGACAAUGGUGUGCGUACCACAAGCAGAGAUUUCACGAGCGGUGGUGAUGAUGAAGACGAGGAGGACUAUUACGAAGAUGAUUUGGAGGCUGACGAGGCCGAGCUUGAGGCCAUGAAGCAAACACCACUCGAUAACUACAAUGUGUUCUACCUGUUUGCAGAGAAAAUCAAUCAAGUUCAACAGCAGGAUCCACAGAGAUACCAGGCGGUUUUUGGAAACUUGGACGAAUCACAAAAGGAGAUUGCCAACAGGAUUGUGCAAAUUCACCUGCAACACCACCAGUAG